AUGACUGGGCGAGGAAAGAGCGGCAAAGCUAGAAGCAAGGCCAAGAGCAGGUCCUCCAGGGCGGGACUCCAGUUCCCCGUGGGUCGUGUUCACAGAUUUCUGCGUAAGGGCAACUACGCCCAGCGUGUCGGUGCCGGUGCACCGGUCUACCUUGCGGCAGUGAUGGAGUACCUUACCGCGGAGAUCUUGGAACUGGCCGGAAACGCUGCACGAGACAACAAGAAGACGAGAAUUAAUCCCCGCCAUCUGCAGCUUGCUAUACGCAACGACGAGGAGUUGAACAAGUUGAUGAGCGGAGUUACCAUCGCGCAGGGUGGUGUCCUUCCCAACAUCCAGCAAGUUCUUCUGCCCAAGAAGACCGCCAAAGUGUCAAAGUAA